UCCCUGACGAUAUGACCAUUGGAUUUGGAUUCUCCAUAAAGAUCAUCUAGUCAUCGUCAAAAAUCUCUCGAGAUCCGGUUGAAUGUGCGACUGAGUGAUUGACAAGUGCCAGGAGUUUUUUUUUUUCCAUUUUUUUGGGAUCAUGGGGUCCUUGAGGGUGAGUCUGGGGAUUUUGUUGAUCAUCUGCUUCAUCGGUGGAAAAAUCGUCGUUGGAGAUGAUGAGGAGAUCUCUCUGACGAAAUUCGGAUCCAAAACUGGACCCACUAUUAAAUUCUUCUAUUGUUAUUCCUGUGGUUACAAGAGAGUUUUUGAUGAAUACGCCAGUAUUUUGAGACAGAAAUAUCCAGAGCUACAAAUUUAUGGAGAGAAUUACGAUCCUCCGGGCUACAACAUGUUGCUCGCUAAAUUUCUGGGGACUGCAAAAAUCCUAAUUAUUCUGCUCAUUAUAUCCGGGAUAAAUCUGGCUCAAUGGCUGGGGCAGCAGCAGCAGCCAUUCUGGUGGGAAUGGUGUCUCAACAAUAAAUUUUACGCGUGUAUCAUGAUAUUUUUUAUUUGUAACGCCAUCGAGGGGCAAUUGAUAUCCUCUGGAGCAUUUGAAAUUCAUUUCAAUGAUGUUCCAGUUUGGUCUAAAUUAGAGACAGGAAGAGUCCCUCAGCUACCAGAAUUAUUCCAAAUAAUUGAUAAUCACAUUCAAAUGCUCUUCCCAGAUCGGGAGUCCCUGGAGAUGUCGUUCACCAAAUAAUAAUGCUGGAGUGAUUUUUUAAAAUGAAUCUAUCGAAAUAAACGUUUUUAUUACGAAUGAUUGAUUGGAUCAAUCAAGCGGGAUGCAUCCACAUUAAAGUGCAUUAGUUGUCUUUUCACUUGAGACAAGAAUCGUCUCGACAUCGAGAGUCGCGUGAUUGCUUUGCAGUUUUUUUUUUAAUUUUUCAAAGGUAAAAUGGAGAUGAAUACGUGCAUUGUCGUGUUAUGUAUAUAUUGUUUGUGCAGCUCGGGUGGUAUUACCAAACGGUGUAAAUAUGAACUGAAACGUGUCAAGUACUUCAUGUUUAUCAAUUUAUGGCUCGACUUUCAGUGGUGAACUGCAUUCAAGGGCAUUAUCUCGAGAACGAAGGGAUUUAAGGAGAAAAGUCACAAGUAAUUUACUGUAGAGAAUUCAAUUUUCCACAAAAAAGUUCCUGUAACCUUUUUCAAAAAAUUAACCGUUAAUGAGAUAAAAGCAAUAAUGAUAAUUUCAUGUUUGUUGGAAUCAAUUCUGUUUUAUUACUAUUAUUGUUUAAUUAUCUCAUUAAUGAAGGGUUUGAUGGGAAAGGCUAGAGGAAACUUUUUGUGGAGGAUCAAGUUCUCGACAAAAAAGGUCUCUGACAUUUUGUCGUAAGUCCACUCGUUGACGAGAUAAACAAAUAAACUCACGUGUCACUUUUUUAAUUGAUUAAUCACAAACGAGUGUUAAAAUUCCCUGCCAUAACAGAAUCCGAGAUUUUUAGUUUGUAAUUUUGAUAAGGUGUGGGUGAAUCGAAUCAAUUAUUUAGUUAUUAAUUAAAUGUCUUUGAAAUCUGUAAAACAGAACAUCACAAAGAAUAAAUUAAAUAAAUCUAUGAAUUAA